AUGGAACGUUCAGAUGAUACAAAUGAAAUAAAAACAAAUGCGGAUACAACAAUUAAUAUUCAACCACAAAGACAAUUAACAAUGCAACGAAUGUUAGAUGCUAUACGUCAUGCUGUACAAUGUCGAAAUGCAAAUUGUAUAUUUAAAAAUUGUUCAUUAUGUAAAAGAUUAUUACAACGUACAAAAGAAUGUACAAAAGCAUCAAGAAGUCAAUGUCAACCAUGUAAUAAAUUUCUUUCACCAAUUUGGCUUCAUGCUAAAACUUGUACUGAUCAAAAUUGUUUAUUACCUUUUUCUGCAAGUUUUAAACAUAAAAUUCAACGACAAUGUGCAGCGACUAUGCAAGCUGAUCGAAGACGUAUUAAAGCUAUGCAUCGAGCAAAAAUGGGACCAGGUCCAUCACCAAUUAAUUGGCAAAAUUCUGAACCAACAACAUCUGGACAAUAUCAUCAUUCAAUGGAAUCAGCUUCACCAAGUUCAACUGGCAAAGUGAUGCCAUCAAGUGGUAAAGGUAGUAAAGGUGGUAAACCUUCAUCUAUGAGUGGAUUAAUUCGUGCUAAUUUAACACAACAAUUACCAACUCAACAACAUUCUGUUUAUUAUAAUGGAAAACCACUGGCUUGUAAUCAACAAAGAAUACCUUAUGGAGGUGAUCCAUAUAUAAUGAGACAACAAACACCACAAGUACCAUCAUCGGCAUCAUAUCCAUAUUCAUCAAAUAUAGCUGCACAAAGUUAUUCAUAUUCUCAACCCAUGGAUAUCAAUACACAGAGGUGCAGAAUCUUCCAAAAAAUAAAAAAUUCUCCCCCCCCCGCGGAAAUUUUCUCCAAAAAUUUCCCUAAGCUGCUUUUUCUUCGCCGCUCACAGACCAACUUUAUUUGUCACAAAAUAUAAGUAAAAAAAGCAUGGCAAUAUUUUGUUCUGUGUGUUACUGUCCGUACAACAUACGAAUUCUUUCUACUUGUUUUUUUCUUAAGCGGUUCAAAACAACUGAACCAGGUGAAACUAAUUUGAAUAGACGAUGUUGUUCUGUUUUUUUGAAGAAAAUCCAAUAUUUGUCCUUCAGCUAAAAGAAGUAGUUGUUGAGGCAGGACUAAAAAACCAACACAACAUAUAGGAAAAGAACUAGCAUAUAAUGGAAUUAUCCAUGUUGGACAAAUCGUUAACAUUUCUUCUUUCGGCCACGACACAGUUCAGCAAGCGAUAAAAGGGUGCAAAGAAAUCUGUGGAAAAAGAAUUGCCAAGAUGUUAUACUUCGAUAGCAAUGUGUGUGUUCUUGGCAAGAUCAAGAAUAGAGCAUACAAGUAAAGCGAAAAACUCGAAAGAAUAAAUUAUAUCCUGUAACAGUUAAUUAUGACGAGGCCAGGGUCUUCCCUUCUAAUAGGUUUUCAAAAUUUCCCCAGUCUGGGAAUUUUCCAGAAUUUCCCCGAGUAAUGCAAUUUUUCAAAAAAUUUCCCUUCCAGCGCGGGGGCGCACGAGGAAGAUUCUGCACCUCUGGUGAAAAGGGUCAACGUUUGUAAAGUGAGGGUGAGGGGGCCCUGGGUGUGAGGAUGAAAAGGAGCAAGGUCUGUAAACUUGAGGGUGAGGGGGUGUGGGUGAAUGGAUGAAAAGAUCCAGGUUUGUAAAAUCGUAAAGUCGUAACGACUUAACGAUUUCUACACUACUGCUCUAUCAAACCCACUAUAAAUCAAAAAAUCGAAAAAUUUGACGAAAAUUGACUUUUUAGGGUGGGGGUCCCCCUUAAGUUAAUUACUAAUAAUUUUGUUUUUUUUAAAGCUGCUGGUUAAUCAUUAAUUUCUCGAUAAGUAAAAUAUUUGAAUAAUUUUUGCUUUUGU